AUGAGCUCUGUUGAAUACCACUAUCCUGUGAUCGGCCGCAAGGGCACUGGAGGCAUAUUUGAUCGCCUACCCAUCCAGACGCUGGAGAAAGACCAUCCCUACCAAUUUGCAUUGUUCAUUCUUGCUUUCAAUGCGAUCCAGCAGCGGUCCGAUGCUCCCCACGUCGUCAAAGAGCCUGCAGCUACCUUCAUGGAAAUUGCAUCAAUUCACGGCAAGCCCUUGUGUGACAGGUUAUUGCAAGUAAGUCGACAUACAUCCUCUCGCUCUGUUGAUUUAAAACCUUUCUUCAGCCAUGGUGCCGUUGUUUUUCCUACCUGGCAUCGCUCAUAUGUUAUGCUUAUCGAGCAAUCGAUCGAAAACGUCGCUGAACAAUUGGCCCACGUCAAUGAAGCUGAUACUAACCCGGAUGAAAAUGGAGUAUGGAUCAAAGCUGCCAAAGAAUUGCGUUUUCCAUACUGGGACUGGGCCGGUAAGGAUGUACCAGAGAAUGGCCUUCCUCCUGUUCUGUACGAAGAAAAAGUCGAAAUCAUGGCUACUGGAGGUAAAAAACAAAUUGUCGAUAAUCCGCUCUCAUUUUUCUCGUAUGUCGGCGGAAUCCCAGCCGACUUUAGCGACGAGAAGGAUGACCUGACAGGACAAGUAGCGUAUUUCUCCAAGUGGCGAAGGACAUACCGCUACGCUUAUAGUACCCCGGACCCUGAAGGCACCCACAUAUACUUGUUGCAAAAGAUGUUCAAAGCCGGAGCAAAAAAUCUGAGACUCAGAGUCGCUCAUCUCUUUACGUUCAACGAUGACGAAAAUUCCGCGAUAGCCUGGGACGAGUUUUCUAAUCAUACCGCGGAAUCGAAGAGAGAUACAGACUUCGUCAACCGUGGGUCGCUUGAAGGCGUGCACGACACUGUUCAUUUAUUGCUUAGUCACCCAGACUACGCCGGUUUCGAUCCGAUCUUUUUCCUUCUCCACUCGAAUGUGGACAGACUGUUGGCUCUGUGGGAGUGGUGUUACACCGAAUACUGGAUGGGAAGCGGAUAUGAAGACGAUGGGGGACAAUACCCUUGGACACAGGUGCACGGACCACCCCAACCGUUCCGAACAGAACAAGGAAACUACUGGACCUCUUCUCAGGCCCGAUUUUUGCAUGAACAAAGCUACCCCAAGUAUUAUUCGUUUCCCGAGUUUGAAGGAAUUAAGGUCGAUCAGACUGCCAUGACAUCCCAAGAGCGUGCCUUGGCGCGCAAAAGGAUGCAAGCCUACUACGAUUUUGAUCCGCAGAUCAAGGUGACACAAGUGGCCUCGCAUACUUGGAAGCACUUACCUGUUCCAAACAAGGAAAAUACUGCUGUGCCAAAUGAUCAUACCGUCAUCCCUCACUACCGCACAUUUAUUGUGCAUGUGAAACUUCUGGAGCAUGCAUACAACCACUCCUACUCAUUCCAGCUCUACCACAGAGGGAAUGCUCAUUCGACACAGCUUGUAGGUACUGUCGCGCGUCCAGACCAUUCUCCUUGUAAAGCAAUCAGGGACUUGACCCUCGCUCACAUCAAGGGGGAGUUCGUUGGAAGGCUUGUGGAUGCUGCUGGCUUAGAGCUUGCCGUGGCUGAGGGAGGGCUGCAGGCGACCCAGGUACCACGACACUGUACCACUUCUCGGACAGUCACUCCCGUAGAAAUUUCUCUGGUGUCGGCUGCUGUUGCUGAGCACGUGGAGGACAAAGAUCGUCCUGUUUACCUGUGUGACUGGCAGCACCAUGGCGACAUCUUUAAUGGUGGAUGGUUAGCGACUCACAAGGAUUCGGUGCACUGA